GCUGUGGUCUAGCAUAAGGGCGAGGCGCAGAAGGGGCGGGGAGUGGGAAAAGCUUCCUCGCCCGCCCUGCAAUGUGGCAUCCGCCGGUACUGCUGCUGCUGCUCCCCUCUGCUCUGGUGCCCCCCUGCCCUGCAGCCCCUAUCGGCGAUGCUGAUGCCCAGGAGAGCUCCGUUUUUUUAGGCCUCCAGAGCCUACUCCAAAGCUUCAGACGACUUUUUCUAAACCCCCAGGAUGACUUGCUUCGGGGCACAGACAGCUUAUUCUCUGCCCCUGCGGACUUCCGGGGUCUCCCGAGGAACUACCACCAAGAAGAGAAACAGGAGCGCCAGCUGGGAGACAACACCCUCUCCAGGCAUCUCCAGAUUGACAAGAUGACGGACAACAAAACAGGAGAGGUGCUGAUCUCCGAGAAGGUAGUGGAAUCAGUCGAGCCAAGAGACAGGAGCUUGGACGGUGACCGGAAGGUACCCAAGAUGGAGGAGAAGGAGGCCCUGGUGCCUGUCCGGAAGGCCAUGGGCAGCUUCCACACAGAACCCCAUCCCCGGGUAGCCUUCUGGAUCAUGAAGCUGCCAUGGCAGAGGUUCCACCAGGAUGCUCAGGAGGGCGGCCACUGGCCCAGUGAAAAGAGACACCGCCUGCAAGCCAUCCGGGACGGGCUCCUCAAGGGGACCCGUGAGGACGUCCUCAAAGAUGGGAACCAGGGCUCCUCCCACUCCAAACUGCCUGCCCGCAAGACCCACUUCCUGUACAUCCUCAGGCCCUUCCAGCAGCUAUAAGGUUGAGGACUGGGGAACACCUGUGUGUGUGUACCCCACACCAGACCCC